AGUGACACAGCAGCAUCUGGCAUUUCAGCUGGUUCCACACGUGUUCCACGCGUGCAAGUCCAGGGAGUGGGCCGUCCAUGGAAGAGUGUGAAUAUGACAUAGUCUUGAACAACUAGAGCUGUAUGUGGACUAGUAUUAUCUUGCUGGAAAAUUGCCCCUGGAAGACCAUAUAGGAAAAGUCCAAGAUGGGGUCAAAGAAUGUUAUUAACAUAAUGCUGGGUAAUUAAGAUUCCACAUACCACAAUUGGAGUGGACUGGCUAUCAUAGGCUAAGGUCUCCCAGACCACUAGGCCUGCUGUGUGGGCAAUAUGUCCUGCAACAACCUAGGUGGAAUUAUACUGUUUAUAAGGGUGCCAUGACACUUAUAUGCAGUUAUCAUAUAUUCCCAAAAUCAACCAGAAUUCAUCACUAAAUGUCACGGUUUGCCAUUCUGCAGCAUCCACAUCGCUCUGGCUUGGCGCCAUUGUAAAUGGAGUUGCCGAUGUUUUAGUGUUAAAGGCAGUACAUGAAAAGGGCAUUCGGAUUGCAGAUUUGCUUCUACAAGGAAAUUAUUUAUGGAAAAACUGGCACCCCUGCAUCUAAUUUUAUUGUGGAACAAGUCACUGUGAGAUCCACAAGUGCUUGCCACACGAUCUCACCUCGUCAUCUUCCUGGUUGCUCCAGAACUGGUUCUCUGUUGUGCUUUUCAUGCCAAUGAUUGGGUCCCUCUCAAGCUCGGAUGACUGUGAGAAAUGUCUUCUCACAUGCCUACUUAGCAUUCUUGGCUUACUGAAGUCCUCUUAAAUUCAGAAUGAUUCAAUCCUUGGAGAAAUCCUAUAAAGAUUUACCAAAUUCUUUACUUUUGAUUGAAAAUAUUAAUGGCAACAAAAAAGUUAUUGGACAUAGUCGUCUCAGUAGAGUGCUGGAAGAUCCAUCUGGAUGCUGGAUAGGAUCAGUUAUUAUUGGUGAUGAAAAGAGAAACAAAGGCUAUGGGAAGUAUUUAAUGCAGAAGAGCGAAGAAUAUGCAAAGGAGCUGCAUUUUUCUACUGUGUAUUUAAAUACUCAAGAUAAACAAGGAUUUUAUGAGCACUUAGGAUACAGUUAUGGCAAAGAAGUAUCAUGUAUUAAUUUCAGAAUGGAUGAUCUUUUAAAGAACAACUUCUUAAAUUUACAAAAUAAACAAAAAGAUCAUUUAAGAGUCUCUAAUGUAAAACAAAGUGAAAAUGACUUCAGCAAAGAAUUAGCAAAUAUAAACAUUUCUUCUCCAGUACCAGAAAAUGGACCACCACCACCACCACCACCACCACCUCCUUCUCCUUCAGAUAAAAACAAAAAACUUACCUCAACCUUCAAUAAUUUAGGCCAAUACUGGAUGGAAAAAAGAUUGUAAAAACAUUUAGUUUAUCAGAUUUAUUACUAGAAUGAAGUGAAUAGCUUGUAAUGAACAAUAUAGCUACUAUGAAUAAAAUCCAGCAUUCAUUAAAACUCAAAAUUCAGUA